AUGCCUGCCACCGAUUCACUUCAACCACCUCUGACCCCGGCUGAGAGAGCCAUUGUCAAAUCCUAUGGUGGCUGGACCCAAUUCAUGCAGUCGUAUGGCCUCAAGGCUCAUGAUUCAGAUGAUAUCGACGAAGCGAAGUCCAUCGUCAGCGCACUUGCCAGUAAUGACGAUAACGGAAAUUAG